AUGAAGCAGACCUGGAGACCAGAGCUGCUUAUUGUGGGAGCUGUGGUCGUGAUAGAGGGUCUUCAAGCAGCUCAGCGUGCAUGCGGGCAGCGUGGCCCUGGCCCCCCAGAGCCUCAGGAAGGCAACACAUUACCUGGCGAAUGGCCCUGGCAGGCCAGUGUGAGACGACAGGGUGUACACAUCUGCAGUGGCUCCUUGGUGGCAGAUACCUGGGUCCUCACAGCUGCUCACUGCUUUGAAAAGAUGGCCACAGCAGAACUGAGCUCCUGGUCCGUGGUCCUGGGUUCUCUCAAGCAGGAGGGGCAGAGCCUGGGUGCUGAAGAGGUGGGAGUUGCUGCCCUGCAGAUACCCAAGGCCUAUAACCACUAUAGCCAGGGAUCAGACCUGGCCCUGCUCCAGCUCACCCACCCCACAGUUCACACAACCCUAUGCUUGCCCCAACCCACCCACCAUUUCCCCUUUGGAGCUUCUUGCUGGGCCACUGGCUGGGACCAGAACACCAGUGAUGUUUCCAGAACCCUACGGAACCUGCGCCUUCGUCUCAUCAGCCGCCCCACCUGUAACUGUCUCUACAAUCGGUUGCACCAGAGGCUGCUGGCCAACCCAGCAAGACCUGGGAUGCUGUGUGGGGGUGCACAGCCAGGGGUACAGGGACCCUGCCAGGGAGAUUCUGGGGGACCUGUGAUGUGCCGUGAACCUGAUGGACACUGGGUUCAGGUUGGGAUCAUUAGUUUCACAUCAAGAUGUGCCCAAGAGGACACCCCUGUGCUGCUGACUGACAUGGCAGCACACAGUUCAUGGCUGCAGGCUCAUGUUCACGGGGCAGCUUUCUUGGUGCAGGACCCAGGAGUUGUGAAGAUGAGUGAUGAGAACAGCUGUGUAGCAUGUGGCUCCUUGAGGAGUCAGGGACCUCAGGCAGGAGCCCUCUCUCAGUGGCCCUGGGAUGCCAGGCUGAAGCACCAUGGGAAGCUGGCUUGUGGUGGAGCCCUGGUAUCAGAGGUGGUGGUGCUGACUGCUGCUCACUGCUUUAUCGGGCGCCAAACCCUAGAGGAAUGGAGUGUAGGACUGGGGGCUGGACCAGAGGAAUGGGGCCUGAAGCAACUCAUUCUGCAUGGGGCCUACACUCACCCAGAAGGUGGCUAUGAUGUGGCCUUCCUGCUGCUGGCUCAGCCUGUGACACUGGGCCCUGGCCUAAGGCCCCUUUGCUUGCCCUAUGCUGAUCACCACCUGCCUGAUGGUGAACAUGGCUGGGUUCUCGGGCUGACCCAAGAAGCAGGCAUCAACUACCUCCAGACAGUACCUGUGACAGUCCUGGGGCCAAUGGCCUGUAGCAGACAAUAUGCAGCUCCUGGGAGCACGGGUAUUCCCAUUCUGCCAGGGAUGGUAUGCACCACUGUUGUGGGUGAGCCACCUCACUGUGAGGUGAGUUCGAACUCCCAAUCCUUACCCAGCAGACCCCUGGCAUUCUCUUAUCCUGCAGUUCAUAAACAGACUUUGCCAGGCUUGGCUGCUAACCCUGCUUCUCACCUGAAAUUAAACCCUUCUGUAUCAACUGGCUCCCAAACAGCUCCGACCCCUUCUACCUGGUGCAGGAAGUUACCAAGUAUAACCUGCUCCCCAACAGGGCCUUUCUGGGGCACCACUUGUACAUGAGAUCAGGGGCACAUGGUUCCUGGCUGGACUGCACAGCUUUGGAGACACCUGCCAAGGCUCCGAAAAGCCUGCAG